AUGGCCCCGGCUUUCUGGCGUUCUCCACUCUUCCAGUCCUCAUCCAAGUCGAAUCGUCCGGAUUCGGGUACAUGGAGCUCAAGAAUGGAUGGAACGACUCUUGAGGAUGUUGCACGACAGCUCUCGGAUCUAGAGGUUGCGCUUUUCCUGUGUCUGGCUGCCCGCGAACAUUGCCUGAUUGAAACCACUGGCGACGCUAUCCAUGAUCUCGCUAAGGAACUAGCCCUGAUAUGCUCGGGCACAUUCAAUCUGUCGUACAGCAUUGUUGAUUGUGGCUUUGCAACAUCGAUAGAGGAAAUUCACAAUGAGAUUCUUACUACCGAUGCCCGAAAAGCCCAAACACACCCGCCAUACUCAAGGGUGAAAACUGGAUCAUCCAGCAAUGUCUCAUCCUAUGUAACCGGACACCAGGAGCGCAGCAAGUCUCCAAUCCCUAGUAGACAGGCUGACGAACCAAACGUGGUUAACAUCAUUAUUGCCAAAAAUCUGAACUUAAGCAAUGAAGAUAUCCAAGUCCAGGCUAUACAAUUAAUGCGAACCCGAAAAUUGGCUACAGAGGUUGGCCUUCUUCACGCCCCUGAAGAUUUUAUGUUUGUACCUCUUGUGAUACAGGACUACUAUGGGCAGAAUUUGUCAUUGAACGUGCAUCUGCGGGACCAACUUUUCAUCUCGCAUUUCCACGAAGCUGCGAAUGGCUAUGUGUAUCUUGAAGAAAAUGACUGGCUUUCUGAUGGCCAAAUAUCUGCAUCCUCUGUGAUUCACACACCCAAAUAUCGGCAGAAGAAAGCAGCGAAGGUCGGCCAAAUGACCAUGGACCACCUACGUGAAGCCGUUAUCUCAGUAACGACCAGCGCUGAAGUGGUCAGGUAUAUUCAGGACAUCGUAGUUUUUCUACGUCUCAGUCGUGCGGUUGCUGGAGGAGUAUCUGCACGAGCAAAUAAUCAAUUCGGAAACUUCGCCAAGUACGAUACACUAGAUCACCGGGAGGGGACUUUGCUCACCUAUUUCCUUUAG